AUGGCUUGCAUGUACGACAAAUGGUUUUUGAUAAUGGCACGCGAGGUUACAGACCAAGCAGAAGCGUCGGACACAAGAGGAACUCUAAUAGAAAAGGGGAGAAUCGGGAACAAGGUCAACGAAAAGUACGGUCCAGGCGAGCUAGAUGACAGAAUUUUCCUAGAUAGACGCAAGGCACCGAAGGGGAUGAGAUGGAAGGGGAAAAGAGGUAAAGAAAUGUGGAAACAGGUGGGGAGGCGACGUUUUGGCAAGACCGUGUAUGUGUUGUAG